AUGUUAGUCCUUUUCGAAACAGCAGCCGGCUACACAUUAUGGCGUGUGGACAAUGAGGGCGUUCUUUCCAAGGAUGACCUCUGUGCCGCAUUCUCAAAUCCAAAGCAAGCAUCAAAAGUUGUAUCUCUUCAAGCAUUCGAACCAUUUACAAAGACAUCAGAGUCCGUUGAAGCAAUGCAGAAGCUCAUGAACUCUGAAGUUGAUGAUUCACUUAGCAAUUUCCUCAAAACAAACAUUGUUAGCAAAGGAAUCAAAGAUCAGCUUCAAGUAAGUGAUGCAAAUCUUGCUCAUGCCAUCAAGGAUGUACUUGGAAUUGAAUGUGUUGCAUCCUCAGGUCAAGCAGUCCCAGAAAUUUUCCGUCUUAUUCGUUCUCAAAUUGAGCAUCUCAUUCCAGCAGUUUCUGAAGACACAUUCCGUCAACUUGAACUUGGUGUAUCACACGAGCUUAGCUCUAAAAUCCUCAAAUUCUCUCCAUCCAAAGUUGAUUCAAUGAUUGUUCAUUCUGUUAACUUACUCGAAGAACUUGACAAGGAACUUAACAACUACGGUAUGCGCGUUCGUGAAUGGUACGGCUGGCACUUCCCAGAACUCAAGAACGUCACAUCAGAUAACUUCAUCUACGCAAACAUCGUUCUCAAGGUCGGCCGUCGUGAGAAAGUUGUUGAGUGCAAGGAGGAACUCGACAAGCUCCUCAACGCCGAGCAAUCUGAAGAAGUUGUCAGAAUUGCACAAAGAUCUAUCGGUACAGAGCUUUCUGAUGCAGAUCUUGCCUGCAUCCAAGCACUCUGCGAGCAAGUUAUCGAACUUACAGGCUUCAGAAACGAAAUCGCCGACUACGUUCGUGUCAGAAUGAUGGCCAUUGCACCAAACCUUACAGAACUUGUCGGAGAGACCGUCGGCAGCCGUCUUAUUGCACAUGCCGGUUCUCUCCAGCAGCUUGCCAAGCUCGCUUCUUCUACAGUCCAAGUAUAUGGAGCUGAGAAAGCACUUUUCAGAGCAAUUAAGGAACAUAAGCCCACACCGAAGUACGGCUACAUCUACCAUGCCAAGCUCGUCACUUCCGCUGAAGCAGCUAAGUAUCCAAAGCUCAAAGGCCAAAUUGCAAGAUCUCUUGCUUCAAAGAUCUCUCUUUCAUCACGUGUUGAUAACUACACUGAUGAGCCAUCACUUACUAUUGGUGUACAGGAUAGAGAAUACAUCGAAAACAGAAUUCAUCAGAGACAAGGUCAAAAUGUUAAAUUUGCCAUGUCUCGCGCAAAGAUAAAAGAGCAGGAAUCUAUGACUGCUGCCGCUAGAGCUGAGAAGGGUGAUGCAUUACAACAGGUUGAAGAACAAGCUCCGGCUUAUAAAGAACAGGCUGAUUUCCAAAUUAACGAAGAAGCUGCUCCAAAGAAGAAACAUCGUAAGCACCGUAAGCAUGCUGCUGAAGAGGCUGCUGCAGAAUAA